UAAGCCUCGUCGAGGGCGGAGCCGAAUCCAACCGGGAUGUGCGCGGCCGGAAGCAUUGCAGGCUGUUUAUUUUUUUUUACUUGUUGGCACUUUCGGGAAGCUUGCAAUCGCCAUGACCUGUCUUCUGCUAAGUUUUAUGUACUUUCCACUGUCUACUAGUCAACUUUAUAUGUAGAAAAGGUAUGCAUUCUUGAAAUUGCGGUUCUGUUCUUUUUGCUCGUUGGUGGUACGAAACGUUCCCUCCCUCGCUGAGACAUGAAGAAAAGGUUUCACAUCAAUUUGGACGAAUCUGCCUUUACCAGAGAGAGAACACCACCCAAAAAGCACUUUCAACCAUCAACAGCUGUUGGAGCACGCAAAACCGAUGCAGGUGCAUGCCCAGCAAAGGAGGGUCAGCCUCUCUCUUAUGCACAAUAUAUCAUCAAGGCUCAGGGAUCUGCACGCCCUCAACGAGAUGACCCCUCUGACAAGCUCAGACCCGAAGCUGGUGAGGGUCCCACCGAUGCCAGCCUCAGGCAAAGCGAGCCCGGCGCCGUGCCCCCCGCAGAAGGCGAGGUCAAAGGGGACCGGGCGACAAACAGCGAGGAGACUCCGGGGUCCGGUGCAGAUCGGAGAGAAGUAAACUGUCCGAGCCUUGGUCCGAAACCCGCGGGAUGCGGUAGCAGCAUUGUUGUCAGUCCCAGACAGAGGGGAAAUCCCAUCUUGAAGUUUGUGAGGAACGUCCCGUGGGAGUUUGGAGACGUCGUGCCAGACUACGUCCUGGGCCAGACAACCUGUGCUCUCUUCCUCAGUCUCCGGUAUCACAAUCUGAAUCCAAACUAUAUUCAUGAUCGACUCAAGCAGCUUGGACAGAGCUUCACCCUUCGAGUUUUACUAGUUCAAGUGGAUGUGAAAGACCCCCAUCACGCAUUGAAGGAGCUGGCUCGCAUCUGCAUCAUGGCUGACUGCACUCUUAUUUUGGCAUGGAGCCCAGAGGAGGCGGGACGUUACCUGGAAACAUACAAGUCGUACGAGAAGAAACCGGCGGACCUUCUCAAGGAACAAGUUGAAAAAAACUAUUUAUCAAAGGUGACAGACUGCCUGACCACUGUCAAGUCCAUAAACAAGACAGAUGCUAUGACCUUGCUAUCAACCUUCUCUUUCUCCCCCUUAGAAAUCGUGGAGGGGUCUGAAAUGUCCACCGUGAGAGAGAUCAUCUCAAAAGAAAAAUCCAGAAAUCACAAUGUAUGAUUUUUUUUUUUUUUUUUUUAAGGAUUUAUUUGUGUGAUACAGCUGCAGAUAAGUAUUUGAACACCUGAGAAAAACCAAUGUUAAUAUUUGGUACAGUUGCCUUUGUUUGCAAUUACAGAGGUCAAAUGUUUCCUGUAGUUGUUCACCGGGUUUGCACACACUGCAGGAGGGAUUUUGGCCCACUCCUCCACACAGAUCUUCUCUAGAUCGGACAGGUUUCUGGGCUGUCGCUGAGAAACACGGAGUUUCAGCUCCCUCCAAAGAUUUUCUAUUGGGUUUAGAUCUGGAGACUGGCUAGACUACGCCAGAACCUUGGUAUGCUUCUUAUGGAGCCACUCAUUGGUUUUCCUGCCUGUGUGCUUCGGGUCUUUGUCAUGUUGAAAGAUGCUCUGACUGAGGGAAAGAGGUCGUUCCCCAAAAUCUCACAAUACACGGCCCUGGUCAUCCUCUUCUUAAUACAGUGCAGUCGUCCUGUCCCAUGUGCCGAAAAACACCCCCAAAGCAUGAUGCCACCACCCCCAUGCUUCACAGUAGGGAUGGUGUUCUUGCGAUGGAACUCAUCAUUCGUCUUCCUCUAAACACAGUUACUGGAAUUAUGACCAAAAAAAGUUCAAUUUUGGUCUCAUCUGACCACAAAACUUCCUCCCAUGACUCCUCUGUAUCAUCCAAAUGGUCAUUGGGAAACUUAAGACGGGCCUUGACAUGUGCUUGCUGGUUUAAGUAGGGGAACCUUCUGUGCUAUGCGUGAUUUCAAACCAUGAUUUGUAAGUGGGAAAAUGUGCAACGUGGCGGGGUGUUCAAAUACUCGUUUUCUUCGCUGUAUAUCCAUUCCAUGGUUUCGUGAUAGUCUUUGGAAGGAAUCAUCAGUGCAACUAAGGAAGACCUGGUUCUCUGUCCGGGCCUUGGUCCG